AGUCUGGGCGACAGAGCAAGACUCCGUCUCAAAAAAGAUAAAGAGUAGUAAGUUCCACCCACCUCCCAGUAUGGUGACUUGCCAUGGCAUCUGGCACCCCUGACAGUUCUCUUCACACUGCCAUGGGGGCUCUGGCACUCCCACACCAUACCCUAGGGCAGGGUCCCUUCCUCGGCCUCUGUCCUCAGCUCCUCUGAGGUUAGGAGUUGGAACCCGGGCUCCCCCUUCCCCUCUCCCAGGUGCCCCAUGGCAGCCAGACUCUGUGUCUGCAGUUCAGGGGCAGGGAGUCAGGAGGGCAGGCACAAAGGGUUCUCGGGAAGAACUGGCAAUCGGGCGCAAGGGUAUCAUCUGCUCAGGUGCUCUGGGCACCCUGGAGUCCUCUCCCCACCUCCCACCCCCACCUGAUCCUUCCCAGCUGCCACCAUUCCUCUCCCACCAAACCGCCCAGGCCAAAAUCACUCCAUCCACGACACCUACAGUAGCCCAGCAUAGGUCUCCCUGGACCACAUUUGUCCUCAAGGGCCUGUGUCCUUAUCCUCCCUUCACCCCCAACUGUCCCCCGCCACAGCCAGCCCUCUGUUCCUCUCACACCCCAAGCUCGUUCCGACGUUCACUGGCCUCUUUCUCCUCAGCUGAAAUGUCACCUCCUUAGCGGAGCUUUCCCAGUGAGAUAACCCCCCACCCCGCAGAGCUCUCCCAUCACCCAGGGCUUUUCCUUCAUGGAACUCAUGACAAUGGAGGUUGCCAUGUUUCUUUGCUAAGAGGUUUCUUAUGAAAACACCAGGAAAGAAAGGACCUUGUGCCUGUCCUCUUCCCUAAGCACUUGAAUGAAUGAAUGAACGAAUGAAUGAAUGCAGUAUGGGUGCUUGAGUGAGCAGGACCUUGAAUAAGUGUGAGGUCCUCUCUAGGCUUCAGCUUCCUCCACCUCCUCCCCUCACCGCAGCCACCUUCCUUCACCCAUCCCCACCAUCCCAGCUGCUGUGAAAUGGGCAAAUGUCUUGCCUCCAGGACCUGGGAAGGGUGAUGCAGCUCACCUCCCUCCUGUUCACACCCCAGCCACCCCAGCCAGGUCCCAGCCACCCACACAGCACCUCCUCCUGGCCCUGCCCUGCCCAGCCCCUCCCAGGUGCCUGAGGUGGAGCCGCCAGUUCCCACAGCACCCCAGCGGCCUGCCAUGGGGGGUCUAAGGCCCUGGGCCCGAUACGGGCUCCUGGUUGUGGCCCAUUUGCUGGCCCUGGGGCUUGGGGCUGUGGUGUUCCAGGCCCUGGAGGGGCCUCCUGCAUGCAGACUUCAGGCUGAACUCAGGGCAGAGCUGGCAGACUUCCAGGCAGAGCAUAGGGCCUGCCUGCCACCUGGAGCUCUGGAAGAGCUGCUGGGCACUGCCCUGGCCACCCAGGCCCAUGGGGUCUCCAGCCUGGGCAACAGCUCAGAGGCCAGGACCUGGGACCUUCCCUCAGCCCUGCUCUUCGCUGCCAGCAUCCUCACCACCACAGGUUAUGGCCACAUGGCCCCAUUAUCGCCAGGCGGAAAAGCCUUCUGCAUGGUCUAUGCAGCCCUGGGGCUGCCAGCCUCCUUAGCUCUCGUGGCCACCCUGCGCCAUUGCCUACUGCCUGUGCUUAGCCGCCCAGGUGCCUGGGUAGUGGUCCACUGGCAGCUGUCACCGGCCAGGGCUGUGCUGCUGCAGGCAGUUGCACUGGGCCUGCUGGUGGCCAGCAGCUUUGUGCUGCUGCCAGCGCUGGUGCUGUGGGGCCUUCAGGGCAACUGCAGCCUGCUGGGGGCCGUCUACUUCUGCUUCAGCUCGCUCAGCACCAUUGGCCUGGGGGACCUGCUGCCCGGCCACGGCCGUGGCCUGCACCCCAUGAUUUACCACCUGGGCCAGCUCGCACUUCUUGGUUACUUGCUUCUAGGACUCUUGGCCAUGCUGCUGGCCAUGGAGACCUUCUCUGAGCUGCCACAAGUCCGUGCCAUGGGGAAAUUCUUCAGGCCCAGUCCUAUGACUGCUGAGGACCAAGGUGGCAUCCUAGGGCAGGAUGAACUGGCUCUGAGCACCCUGCCGCCCGCGGCCCCAGCUUCAGGACAAGCCCCUGCUUGCUGAAGCGUUAGGUGACCGAGUUCAGCUCCUGGAAGGUGGCGGCACCUGAGGAGGAAGCAGCCAGGAGUGGCUGGGGACGAAUCUGGAGAUGGGGCCAUGGUGGGGGUCGGCGGGAGGCCUCGGGGAAUACUGUGUUAAUCAUAAAAUGAGCAACGA